AUGGUCACGGCUUCAGGAGUCUACGCCUUCCUCCAACCAGAAGACUUCCUCGCACGUAUAGGAGAAGUUGGAGAACGUACCUUCGGCGGACGCCCUGAGCUUGCUCGUGCUGCAAGCCUACAACUCCUCACAAUGGGUUCAUACUUCCUCCUAACGGCCAGCUACUCAGCAAUCCAUCGCAAGGCUCUGAUCCUCAACACCUUCCUACGAGCAUUGGCCGCAUACCUCUUUUGGCAGGAACAAUUGCGAGGAAUCGUCACCUAUGAAGUCCUCUUCGUGUUCAUUAACGGCGCCGCAGCAUUCUUCUGA